GGCCGCGAUCCAGGAAGGGCCGAAGAGCUGGAGUCAUGGGGACCGAGCUGGAGCUGAACACUAAGGCAAAGAUGCCCAUCCUGGGGCUUGGCACCUGGAAGUCUCCACCAGGGAAAGUAAAGGAUGCAGUGAAGGCUGCCAUUGACAUUGGAUACCGCCACUUUGACUGUGCCUACGUGUACCAGAAUGAGAAUGAAGUAGGGGAUGGGAUCCAGCAGAAAAUCAAAGAAGGGGUUGUGAAACGAGAGGACCUCUUUGUCGUCAGUAAGCUGUGGUCCACAUUCCAUGAGAAAUCUUUGGUGAAGGGAGCAUGCCAGAAAACCCUUGAUGCAUUGAAACUGAAUUACCUGGAUCUGUAUCUCAUUCACUGGCCUUUGGGAUUUAAGGCUGGAGAGCAGCUGUUUCCUGCAGAUGAGAAAGGCAUGGUCUUGCCCAGUAGCACAGAUAUUCUGGACACUUGGGAGGCUAUGGAAGAGCUGGUGGAUGCAGGUCUGGUGAAAGCCAUUGGAAUCUCCAACUUUAACCAUGAACAGAUUGAGAGAAUCUUGAACAAGCCUGGGUUAAAAUACAGGCCUGCCAACAACCAGAUUGAGUGCCACCCAUACCUUACCCAGGAAAAGCUGAUUAAGUAUUGCCACUCCAAAGGAAUCUCUGUCACAGCAUACAGUCCCCUCGGAUCUCCUGACAGGCCAUGGGCUAAACCAGAGGACCCUUCCCUCAUGGAUGACCCCAAGAUUAAGGAGAUUGCAGCCAAGCACAACAAAACCCCAGCUCAGGUUCUGAUCCGGUUUCAUAUCCAGAGAAAUGUGAUUGUGAUUCCCAAGUCUGUUACACAACAUCGUAUUGAAGAAAACUUUAAGGUGUUUGACUUUGAAUUGACUAAAGAGGAGAUGGAAACCAUCCUCACCUUUAAUAGGAACUGGAGAGCCUGUGCAUUCACUAUGUGCACAAAUCACAAGGACUAUCCUUUCAAAGCUGAGUAUUAAAGCUGGUGGUGUCUUGCCAUGCUUCCUGACCCCUGGCAGUGGUUCACUUCUGCUGUUACCUCUGACUUGUUCAUUUGUCCCAAUAGCUGUCUUUCACACUGCAGCUAUCCUGUAGCCAAAAUAGAAGUACAGUGUAUGUGCUCAAAGGAAAUUUUAUAAGGCGUCUGAAGAA